GCGGGACUUGUAGAGUGACGCACGCAUGGCUGUUUACGCGUUUAUCGAAAUCGGGAACAAGUUGUGUUGCGAGAAAAGAGGUUGGAAUCAGUUAUACAAAAACAGAAAGUCGAAUUUUAAGGUGAGUUCGUAAGGGUCGAAUAUCGUCAAAUUUAACCGAAAGUUGCGUCGAGUGCGUGUUUACAAUGUCAACGGACUUUUAUAUACGCUACUACGUCGGUCACAAGGGGAAAUUCGGUCAUGAAUUUCUCGAGUUCGAGUUCAGACCAGACGGUAAAUUGCGAUACGCUAACAAUUCGAAUUACAAAAACGACACUAUGAUUCGGAAAGAAGCGUACGUUCAUCAGUGCGUGAUGGAGGAACUGAAAAGGAUUAUUCAGGAUUCCGAAAUUAUGCAGGAGGAUGACUCUCUGUGGCCGCAGCCAGAUCGCGUCGGACGUCAGGAGUUAGAGAUUGUAAUUGGGGAUGAGCAUAUAUCGUUUACAACCUCGAAGACUGGUUCUCUGUUGGACGUGAAUCAGUCACGCGAUCCAGAGGGGCUACGUUGCUUCUAUUAUCUUGUACAGGAUCUCAAAUGUUUAGUAUUCUCUCUUAUAGGACUUCAUUUCAAAAUAAAACCUAUAUAAAUAUGUAUA